AUGAAUUCGCCGACUCAUAUUAUAGAUCCAGACGGUGAAGUACUUCUAAUAUUGCGCAAUGCAGACUGCCCUUUUGCACAACCGCAUGAGAAUACGAUUACUGCCAGUGCUACCGAUGUCCAUCCGGAGAUGCGAGAUGAUAUUCAAAGUCCUGCAGAAUUGACGCAAGCUUCAGAAUGCUAUUUUGAAAACGGACUGACUUCCAAGCAAAAGAGAAAGGAAAGAAAGAAGAAGAAGAUGAUAAAGACGAUACGAUCUGGCGUCAAAGAACCUGAGCCUGCCGUCGAAGAGCCUGCCGUCGAAGAGCCUGCCGUCGAAGAACCUACUGCCGAAGAGCCUACUGCCGAAGAGCCUGCCGUUGAAGAGCCUACUGCCGAAGAGCCUGCCGUCGAAGAGUCUGCCGCCGAAGAGCCUACCGUUGAAGAGCCUGCUGCCGAAGAGCCUACCGUUGAAGAGCCUGCUGCCGAAGAGCCUGAUGCUGAAGAGCCCGCUGUCAAAGAUAAUUCUCCCGACUUUUUGGACAGCAGUUGUUUUCGGAUUCAAGUCUCUGCAAAGCAUAUGAUGUUUGCCUCCCCGGUUUUUAAAAAUAUAUUGACCGGUGGUUGGAAAGAAAGCAUUGAUUACAUGAAAGAAGGCUCGGUUGAGGUCACUGCAGAAAGCUGGAAUCUUGAAGCACUCUUGAUUGUACUGCGUGCUAUUCAUGGUCAACACUACGAUAUCCCGGAAAAGCUUACCCUUGAGAUGCUCGCCCAAGUCGCUGCUAUCGCAGACUACUAUAAAUGUAAGGAGCGUUUGCAUAUACUCAAGGGUAUAUGGAUCAAUAAUAUGAAAGAGAGUGUCCCCACAACAUUUUCUCGGGAGUUGAUAUUAUGGCUAUGGAUCGCAUGCUUCCUUCCCAAUUCAAAGAAGCAACUUCGAUUGCGAUGUCACAGAGUGAUGGUUGGAUUGAUAGUUGGGGACUCCCUGUGUCCUACCGCGCAGGAGGCCUUGGACAGCUUAGUUACCCUUCUUCAUGAAACCCGCGAUGCCUUCAUACACGGCAGUCGGGGAUGUUGUUACGAGUGCCGCUCAAUUAUGUACGGGGCUUUAACGAUGCAGAUGCAGUCAAAUAAUCUGCUUUCACCAAAGCCAGAGACUCCCUUUCCGAAUUUGAGCUAUCAUUCUCUCGUACGGAGGGUACUGGCGUUCACAUCACCUCAAUGGUGUGUUUCAUCCAGAGGUUAUGCGAGAUAUCAAUCCGAUCACGAUUGCCCCGACGCUUGCUUUGAAUUCGUUUUCACGAUGCUGAAGGACUCUCUUGAGGGUUUGGAACUAAGAAAUUUCGCUUGA